AUGUCGGCUAUACUUUCAGCACCUUGGCAAGAGCGCAUCCACCAAUUCUUUGACGCUCCAAAACCUGAAUAUUUACUUUCUACAUUGUAUUCAGUCUAUUUUCCUACCGGCAAUGUAAACAUCUUCGAUCAACUACCUGAACUCUGCAAGGAUUUCGUUAAACCUGGUGUAAUCUCCAAAGAACUUAAAAACAACGUCAACGUACUCAAUAAAAUCAAGCAAAAUUUAAAGGAUUAUCUUGAUGGCGAUAUAAACAAACGCGAAAGUAAUAUGAAUAAUUUGGCAGAGUUAUGUAAAAAAUUUCAGUCCAAUAUUCUAAAAAGUAGAGAUAGUGUACAAUUGUUGGGAGUUUUGAUUACCUUUUCAUUUUUACAUCUUUCGGUGUUGUCAGAGAAAGAUACUAAUCAAACGGCAAUAUACGGAGGAUGGGCUAACUCUCAUGGAAAAGAACUUGCCGACAAAAUAUCCGAAUAUAAAAUUUACUUUAUAGAAACUUAUCCAAUCUGGCAAGACUGGAGAAAGGAUCAAAUUACUAUAAAACCUGAACCCAGAAAAAAAGAUUCUGGUGUAGUAUUAGAUACCAUUACCAAACGAUCCGUUAAAGUAUUACCCACUCACCAUACUCAUCAUACUCCAGUGAAUGUAAAUUCCGAUAAAUUUCAAAACGUUUGUUUAAAAGUUAAAAAUAGAAUUUAUAAUGAAAUCAAUGUAGAAUUUAUGAAAUUAUAUAUGCAUACAUUUGCAUUAAACAAAUUCGAACCUGGAAAAUGGUAUGAACCUCCCAUUGCUCCAAAUUCAAAAGUAGCCACUGUUUGGUUUGGUACCUACGGAAAAGAUACAUUUUCCAAAAGAAAGGAUGAAAUUAGAUAUAGUGAAGAAAAAUAUGAACUUACAAAUGAAAUUGGAGUAAUUACAGGUGUAAAUAUUAUCGAAUUCGAUACUAUUCACGCACUUACGUUUUUAUUUAAAGAUCAAGAUCCAAAUAAUAGAAAAAUAGUAGGAAAUAGAAAUCAUGGUCAUUUAACUACCAUCCGAGGUCUUAACGAAAAACGUUAUCAUAUAACUGCAGUAGAUUUAUACUUUAAUCAUUCUGUAAUUUGUGCAAUACAAUUCUUUUGUUCGGGUGGUAUAAAAACAGAAAUACUUGGUAAUAGAAAUAGAGAGGCGCAUACAGUAAAAAUUAGUUGUCGACCUGGAAGAAAUGAAAAUUUUAAAUUGACAGGAGUUAGAAUGGCGAGUUCUUUAACUGAUCCACAAAAAAAUAAUGAAUCAGUAGGGUAUAUAGAACUUGGUUUUGAAUAUGUUCGAGUGAAGGAUGAUUAA